ACAAGCUUUAUUGAAGUUAUUUUGAGACAGAUAGCUUCUGGUUUUGGUCACUGAGGAGCGGAGAAGAGUAAACGACGCAAUGAGGUGUACUUUGGUGAUUGUCAUCAUGGGGGCUCUGCUUGUGGCUGUCACAGGACAGGGGGGUCGCUACCGCAGGCCAACCAGGGUGAGGACCGAGUGCUGUACGAGCGUCAACCGUGCCGUCAUCCCCAACAUCAAGGCAGCCAAGAUCCAGAAUGCCCUGCCUCCGUGUGUGGAGGCCAUGGUUUUUACCACUGUGGACGGGAAACAGUACUGCACCGAUCCAAAGGCAGCCUGGGUGCCCAAAGUCCUGAGAGGUUUGAACAAGACCCAAUGAACAAGAUUGGUGUUCUGGAAUUCACCACCCGGGAUUUCUUUUCACAAGUGGAAACAGUGAAAUAUGUUCUUGUAUUAUACUCACUGUAUUUGAGCUUAUUUGAAUUGGACUUUUGGUGGGGUUUUUUUGUGACUUUUUUAUGCUUUUUAAACGAGAAAUUAUGCUUUAACUAAUGGUCUUUAUAUAAUUUAAGUUCAUAGACCUAUGAACAUGCACACACACACAGAGACACACACACACUUACAGUGUGUCUUAACAGACUUUUCAUGAAGAGGUUGUUGACUGUUGAUUGAUCAUGUCCCUCACACACACUUAGGCAAGACAAGUUUAUGUACAACAUUCCAUACACUGAGGCAAUUCAAUAUGCUUUACAUAAAUAAAAAACAAAAGGAA